AACUUCUCCCCAAACCCUUAUAUAUAAUGAUACAAGAAAUGUUCUAAAACCAUCAACCAAAACUUAAAUAUUUUUCACUGACCAUUACAAUACAGCAAUAUUCCACUGCAGAAUCAGAAUCACAAUGAAGAACUUACUAAGUGGAAAUGUGGUGGAUAUUCCAAUGAAUUCAGAUGUAUGCUCAUUUGAAAGGCCGCCAAAAAGACUACUAUCCCUAUCUUCUUGCCAAGACCAUAUUGUUCCAUCUGUAACUUCGAAGAUCCUAUCAAAAUUAAAGCAAAGAAAAUCUGUGAUUGGGAAGAUGACCAAACUGGGAGAGAGGAUGGACUGUCUUGCACAAGGCAUUCGCGAACAUGUGAGCCUAAGCCCGAAGCUAACAGAAACUGUGAAGGGAAAA